GCAGAACCUUUUUUGUAUCCAAGAAUGAACGAAAAGUUUCCUUACGAUGAAUUGCCUCGGAAUGUACAUGAAAAUUUUGUUUCCCACCAUGAAUUGCACUCUAAUGACAAAAACUGGAGCGGUUAUUUUGACUCCGGGCGAUUCAAUAAUGUGAAAGCAGUUGAAGAUCCUACUGAUUUUGCUUAUGCCCCACCUGAUCCGAGAUUUUACAGAAGAAUAAAUGAACCAAAUGGAACAGAUUCACCUGAAGAAGAGAAUCUGACUGAUCUCCAAAUGAAAACAUCUCCGAAUAAUGAUUUGAAAAUGAUGCAGAGAAGUGAACUUCCUUUGGAGAAUGAAUUGGGCAAUGAUGGGAAAACAGAACUCAAAAGUCAACAGCAAAAACAUGAAGGUGUAGAAAUGAUAGCCGUUCAACAUGGUGUACUUCACAGAGAUUCAGCAGGGGUAUAUGUGAUUGCAAUAGUAGCUGGAAUUAGUGCUGCUGCUACGGUUGGACUCAUUGCUGUCGGUAUUGGUUGGUAUAAGUACGUAAUUUGCUUCUGA